AUGGCCGGUGGCGCGCUUCAAUGGCCCAUCUGGAAGCCAUACGAGAUUUACGCUUCGAUCGAUCACGUAUACGGAUGGCCCGGAUGGGAAAACCAUGAUGGUUUUGGCGGCGCGCAAGCCAUGCUGAACGCUGUGGAGCUUGUGCUAUACGGCCUCUACUCUAUGAUCAUAUACAAUCACAGUGUCCCUACAUCUGGAGGUACUGGCCUGCAGCUCAGCGAGGGCGUGGGCAAAUUCCUCUCUGGCGGUAGGAAGGUGCGCGGCAAGACUGGUAACCGCGCGCUCAUUAUCGGCUUCGCUGCAGCAGUCAUGACAGUCAGCAAGACAGUGCUCUACUACUUCAAUGAGUAUUUCUCUGGUUUCGCAAACGUUCGCCAUAACGACUGGGCAACGCUUUUGGUCUUCUACCUUGUCAUGAAUGGUCUCUGGGUCAUCUUCCCCGCAUACAUGACUGUCGUCUUCGGUACCGAUAUCCUACAGGCACUCGACAUCGCAGCCGAUUCUUCAUCUAAGAAGCGCUAUUAG